UAGAGGUGCUAAAUUUAGUAUCAAAUACUCGUACAAUCAAAACAGCUGUCCCAGACUUGAUGCUAGCGCAGUUUAAAAACACUACAGUAUAUAUACAAGCGUGGUAGUUGUAAGUGUGUAGAUAUGUGAUAAAAGAGCGCGGAAUACACUUUAUGAAAAAAAUGACUACACCUUCUUUGACUGGCUACAACAGAGGAGGACGGAGAAAAUAUAAACUGGUGAUCCUCGGCGACGGAGGAGUUGGAAAAAGUGCACUGGUGAUUCAGUUUGUGUCUCAUCGUUUUCAGGAGUACCAUGAUCCUACCAUUGAGGAUGCAUAUGAACAGCAGUGUAGGAUCGACGGAGAACCUGCUCACCUGGAUAUACUGGACACCGCUGGACAGGAUUCCAGAGGAUUCAACAUGCCAGAGUUUACAGCUAUGCGAGAGCAGUACAUGCGCAAAGGAGAGGGAUUUGUCAUUUGCUACUCCAUCACUGAUCGACGAAGCUUCGAUGAAGUUGUUGCAUACAAGAAACUCAUCAACCGCGUCAGGUGCAGAGAUGACAUUCCCAUAGUGAUUGCAGCUAACAAGUGCGAUUUGGAGGACAAGCGCAAGGUAAAACAUGAAGAGGGAGCUGCAUUGGCACGGCAGCUAAAUUGUCCUUUUUAUGAAACAUCGGCUGUUCUCCGAAAGUGCGUAGAUGAUGUCUUCCAGGGUCUUGUUCGCGAAAUUCGCCGAAAAGAAACUGAGAUCAAAGAAGCACAAGACAAACAGCAUCGUCGUCAAAAACGUCUGCAUCGCAUGCACGUCUUUCUUCGCACUUUCAACAUUUUUCAGAAGCUGCGUUCGCGGAAAAACUGAGCAAAUGAGGACAGUGAUUGGCUGGGCUGCUCAUUUGCUUUGGCCAGGAAACGGUUCAACCUGAACAGCAUGUUUUCACAGAAAACUGGCAGGAAGAGCUCAGGCUCGCUGCCUUGCUUACGUGUGACAUUGCAUGCAUCUUCAAACUGCAUUCUUUAUGGAUACUUCUGUUUAGCUGCUGCCUUCAAACAACUGAAUCAACCUCGAGAAAUUUAUUCUGACCUUUUAGUUGUUUGAAAGUACAAGCAGUGGUUGAAUCUUGAAACAUGCUGCUUAUUGCUGUCAAGAUAACUACAAAGUAAAAUCAUCAGAAGACAGUGCUUAAGCUACAGCGGGCACUUCAUGUCACCUAGCUGAUGCGACAGCUGCAAACAUCAUUGAUUGCUGUUUAUCUAGACAUUCAUUGUAAGUCAUGAUCACCACAGGUUUAGGUUGUGAGAAAAACAAAUCUGUUCAGAGUAUUGAUAACCUGGGAGAUUGUGAAAGUGGCUCAGAUGUAGGCUAAAUUAUUUCAUGGCUGUGAAAGUCUAAAUGUUCUGGCUAUCAUUUCUGUGGGAAAAUCUAAGUUUUAAGCACUGAUGCAUGACUCACCUCUAAUAGGAAAUGAUGUGAUCUCUUUAAAUGUAUCUGUUGACUUUUUCAAUUUUUAUCAUGUUUGUAGCCAUGAACCUUCAUUGAAGGUCCAUGUUUGUAGCUUUGAAAGUUACAUUUAGACUGGGAUUUUUUUCCUGGGGGAAGGGGAGAUUGAAUAAAAUCAGAUAGUUAUUUUAAUUCCAUUUUUAAGUGCAGACAAAAGUUAUUAAUUUGUAGCAUGUGUGUUCAGUUAUCCACAGGUAUUUAUGCGUGCCGUAUGAAGACAUUAUUUGAAUAAUAGAAAUAACAGAUCUCCACCCUGUAGUUUUUCCCUCUGUGUGUGUGAGUGAGAGAGAGUGAGUGUUUGUUAAUUUAUUCAAAACCAUGCAUGCAUGUUCACAUGACUAUUUAUACACACUGGCAUCCAUUUGCUUUUUGAGAGCUGCCUACUAUCAAGGAUCAUUGUGCAUUUUUAUCCUGCAAGGUUAUCUUUUCUAUGCUAGCAAGGUGGGAUCAACCAUAUAACUUUACAUUGACACCUGUAUGCAGAAAGUUAUGUUACCUGUUUCUUGUGAUGGGUUUUUGAGGUUUAUGGUGCGAGCAAGGCAAUAAUGCAUUCUUGUCUAAGGGAGAGUACCGUAGACAUAAGGGGAGUAAUUUUUGGAUCCAUUGCAUUUUCCUCACGAAGUGCUUUAUUUAUUUAGUGGGGUUUUUGUUGUAUUUUUUGUGUGAUACACAUGGCUGCCUUGUUUAUGGUACUAGGCAUUGCACACUUCUAAGGGGUAUACUUGGCAAGAAAAAAAAAGGUUUCUUUGCAAAAACAAACAAAACAUUAAAAAAUCGAGGUGAAAUAAGGUUUACAAUGCAAAGGGUAACUUUCAUGACUAAAAAAGUUUUUUGUUUACAUUUUUUUGUUUCAUUAUUGCAUCAGCUUUUGUCAUGUUGUAUUUGUUUUUGCGCACAAAGUGUAUCCAGAUGUCAUUUUUCCCUGGAUGUAUAUAUGCACCUAUGCUUUCAUGUAUGUACUACACGAUGUAUUUCUGUGAAUUCUACUGAUUCUCUGUCUCUGUGGCUGUGUUCUAGAUGAUGUGGCAGCAUUUGAUCUUUGACUUUUCUGUAAAGGCAGACAUAAAUUUUCAAAGAAAACUCAAAGAUUCAAAGAUCUGAACAACCAAAAACACCAAAAAAUUAUGCCGAAGGUCAUUGUACAAGGUACUUAAAGAUGAAUGUACAUCUCAGCCGGAGUGCCCGGUAGUGUAGUGGUUAAUACACUCACUUGUCAGACUACAGUGAGCAGCUCAUAAGACAUGUAUUUGCAGGACUGAGUGUCGGAGGUUUUCUCUGGUUUUCUUCCCCCUCCCCUCCCUCCUUCCACAGUGCGAAAUCGUUGCAAGGUGGAAGCACUUUCCUACUAAACAAACAACAACUGCAUCUCAGCCGAUUUUUGUGCUGAUCUCUUCAGUAAUUCUUAGAGAACUUGAAAAAAAUGAACUUUCAAUUUUGGGUUUGGAUCAGUAUCUUUAUAUUUAUUUGUUUUUGGUAACUUCAGUUAUGGUGGAGUUAAUCUGUGAUGUGUUAUUGUGCACGUGAUUGAUUUUGGAGUUAAGUGGCUUUGAGACUUGUGCAACAUUAUCUUCAUUCAUUUAACUGUCAUGGAGUAAAUAAUCGCAGAUGACCUUUUCUAUGUUACUCCAGUGUAUAUUGCAUACUGUCACAUUGCAUUUGCAGAAGCAUCAGAAAAAAUCAGAAGCAUUGUUUAGAUGAAAAACUUCAGCUUUGUUGCCGUCCAAAAAGUGAUCAUUUAUAGUUUAAUUCUAAAAACACAGAAUUAGCAUCCAUAUAUAUGAAAGAGUGAAAGCGUUUGAUGGAGAAUGGAAAUGAAAGAAAGUGAGAAAGCACACAUCUACAUUUUUAAUUGAGAAUUGUGGGUAAACAUCUUACUGCAGUUUAAAAUAUAAAAUAUUGAAUGUAAAUAAGAGCAGUAUACAAAUGUUUGGAAGAUUAUAGUAAAGAUAUGACAAUAACAAAAAGAUUCUUCUCGGGGGCUAUAGUUAUGAUGCCAGGGUAAUUUUUUGCACUGGGAUGACACAGGAACUUGACAAGAGUUUUGUUUUCACAGUUCUACAGGGGUGUCCAAACACCGCAUGUGUAACUUUACCCCAGAGGUGAUAGUUAAGAUCAGUGGCAAAGAUACCCUAAGAUAAAGUAACGAAGUAAUGUUUGUGGAGUCAGUACAUCUCUUCACAGCUUUGGAGAAUGCAAUUUUCCUUGUUUUCCUUGCUUUGUCCUGGAGCAAGAUUUCUCCUUGCUUCAUAGCUAUGGCCCCAGAAAAAUUUCAUUUCAGCAAAAAAAGCAAAAAGCAAAAAAAAAAAAGAGAGAGAGAGAGACUUCCACUUAAUCUGCAUUAAAAAACACUGAACAUUUAGAUAAUAGAAGUCUGCAGGCUUCAGUAAUCUCUUUUUAUCAAUGUCAGACUGCAGAAAAUACUCUUUUAGCUCAGUGACUGCAUACAUUGAAAAAUUAUUGAGUUUUAAAGCUUUUUUAGUUAUUCUUAGUUGACUGGAUAAGUAAGGAUAAUGCAGUCAAAGACUAACAGAAUUUUAUGUUAAGGAGGUGCAGCCACAGUCUUUCAAAUAAACAGCUUUAGAUAAAGGGUCACAUAGGUUUAAGUCCCACAGGGUAGUGAAACGAGGUGUUGAAAAACUGUUUCCCUGUAGCAAAUCUUGUAUAUGUAAGCUGGAGGUGUCUUCUCCAGUGCUGUCAAAUAUAUGAUUUGCAAUUUUAUUAUAUUGUGUAAGCAUUUUGCUUCGUUCAUUAUGUAACAUCGUGUCCAGUUCAAUAGUUUGAGGGAUAAAGGUUGUGCUAAAAAUGUUCAGUGGUUUUAUUAUGGCUGGCAUUGUACAUAUGCAUAAAAACUAGUCCCAAAUUGUUUUGGUUCUAAAUGCAGGCUUUUAAGCAGCAUUGACUAAAAGGAGUCAGAACCAAGAGGGGAUAGGUUAGCAUCAUCUCUUGUCUGUUGUACAUAGACAUAUUAUUUAUCAUUGUGAUGUAUGCAUGAGCCACUGCUUGACAACAGUAAGCUCUCAAACACAACUCUGAUGCAUUGCUGGGUAGGCAUGACUUAUGGUUUUGUAGAUCUGCAUAAAUUGUGACAAAUACAAACCUUGACUGAUCAUGCAUGAUUGAGGUCAAUGACAGCAAUGUUUUUUUGUGGAUUAAACUAAAUGGUGUGUGAAUCUGUAUCUGUUUCUGACCCCAGAAUUGAGCCCUUGGUGGUUCCAGCUGCCAAGGUUUUAUCAAGAGGGAACUUUCCCCCUUCAUGCUGCUUUUGUUCAUAUCACUUUGUUGAUAAAUGCAUGGCAAUAUUUUGGGAAGGCAAUGAUACAUGAAGACCCCAGCUUUAGUGUUAAACUGCCUUCAAAGAAAAUUUAGCAACAGGAUAGCUUAUUCAAAGUUGGCAGUGAUAUGUCUUUUGGUGACAUUGGUUGUUCUUCACUUUUUCAUUUACCGCUGCCACUGAAGGAGGCAUGCAAGUUAUCGUUCAUUUAAAGACAUGCAUAUGUAGACUGCACAAAGCACUUAACUACAAAAUUCAGGUUCCACAGAAGACAUAGCUUCAUUCUCUUUGUCUUGGAUAUGAGGUGUCAAAAAAAUCUCUAACCAGUCUAGCAUUCCAGUAAAUGUUAAGGGCUAGAAAAAAGUAAAAGGGUUGAGGGUAAGAUGGAAUUAGUGUUUGUUCUGUACUUUGAAACUGUCAGCAUUAGCUGAUGUUAAACCAUCAGUUACCUUUCCAAUCACUACCAUAUUUCUGUUCAUGUGUGCAAUAAAAUGUUCUUGAAAUAUA